AUGAAGGGCUCACGUUCACGUUCGGGCGCUUCCUGCGAAAUCGUUUCAUGGUUGGUUAUGCCAUGCCUGCCAUCCAUUUCAGCAACCAAACAACCGAUCCAGUUUUACGGCGAAGCUGCCUUCAAGUUCAAGGUUAAUCAUUCAUACGCCGGCGGGGUUAAGAUAGGAAAGCCCCAGAUGCACGUUGUUCGGCGUUCGGGUUCGGUAACCGGAGAGACAAACAAGAGCGAAAAAGGUUUAUCACUAACCGGGAAACGGCGGGGAUACCUGCAUGCCACUCAGAGGUCCUCCGGAAGUUCCUCCAGGAGUUCCUCCGGAAGUUCCUCCAGGAGUUCCUCCGGAAGUUCCUCCAGGAGUUCCUCCGGAAGUUCCUCCAGGAGUUCCUCCGGAAGAUCCUCCAGGAGUUCCUCCGGAAGUUCCUCCAGGAGUUCCUCCGGAAGUUCCUCCAGGAGUUCCUCCGGAAGUUCCUCUGGAAGUUCCUCCAGGAGUUCCUCCGGAAGUUCCUCCAGGAGUUCCUCCGGAAGUUCCUCCAGGAGUUCCUCCGGAAGUUCCUCCAGGAGUUCCUCCGGAAGUUCCUCCAGGAGUUCCUCCGGAAGUUCCUCCAGGAGUUCCUCCGGAAGUUCCUCCAGGAGUUCCUCCGGAAGUUCCUCCAGGAGUUCCUCCGGAAGUUCCUCCAGGAGUUCCUCCGGAAGUUCCUCCAGGAGUUCCUCCGGAAGUUCCUCCAGGAGUUCCUCCGGAAGUUCCUCCAGGAGUUCCUCCGGAAGUUCCUCCAGGAGUUCCUCCGGAAGUUCCUCCAGGAGUUCCUCCGGAAGUUCCUCCAGAAGUUCCUCCAGGAGUUCCUCCGGAAGUUCCUCCAGGAGUUCCUCCGGAAGU